AUGGUAUACGAGCUUGCAUAUACUCCUCCAAUACGAGAGGAUAUUGAGUGGGUGCGGCUGGAGCAGACGUUUGAUGGGGGUACUUCUUCUGCACCAUCUGCACAUCGCUAUUUCACGGCUUUAUACUACUUGUUCCCGUGCAACGUUAUCCGCUUCUUGCGGUAUCCGGUGAGGUAUCUCAGUGACAGCGGCCUUGAUAGCCCUUACACGAUUGGAUGGGACGAGGCACUGGAUGAAGAUAAAAUCCGGAGUACGAGCGAGCCUCUUAUGCGGGGGCACACUUUGCAUCCGUUACUCAUUUGGCGGGGCGCCGUCGAAGAACUGUCGCAGCCCGAUUUCUGGACCCAAUACGACAUUCCCCGUAUCGUGGGCGAGUGUACAAUGCUCGACAUGCGUAAUGCCGCGCUGGGAAUACAGCAGCGUGCGCCUGCCGUUCUCUCCACAGAUCCCGUCUCCCCGCCUUCGCCCGUGCCCGUGCCGGUCGUCCAUCCCAGUUCCACCUCUGCCCACGCAUCCCUUGUGUCGUCACCGACGAUCCGUCCCGAGGAGUUAUCCAUGCCUGCUUUAGGAGGCGUUUCGGGAAAACCGCGCGUGUCGUUGCAGGACAUGAUUUCUGUCUCAGUCGCAUUAAAGUCUGGACUUGACGUCGAAGUUGUGCACCCAUCCACUUCUUGGUCUGCGGGGAGUAUCUCUUCGCAUCCAACCACGCGGUCGCCUUCGCUUGACGUGGUAAGAGAAGAGACUGAGAAGACCGACGUGCAGCAGCGGCAAGAGGAAAGCGCACAGAUUGCGCAAGCAUCAACGAGUGGCCAGCCGACACCUACACAUAUUGGCCAGGCACUUGCUGGUCUGCAGAGAGAGGUUCUAUUGUUAAGGAACGAACUUAACUUUGAACUGUGGAAUGCACGGGAAAAUGUGAAACAUAUAGGACGACUGUAUCAAGAUCGUGUACUGUCAAAGACAGCCGAGGUAGAGAGGCAAGGGCUGCAUAACAAACUACGCGAGUACAAAGCAGAGGUGUUCCGGUUUCAGCGUGAGCUCAAGGAGCACAAGGAGCAUGCAACGACAAUGAAACACCAGUAUAUGGAUUGGAACCAGAAAAUGCAAGACAAACUCAUGGAGUUUCGAACCGAGAAAAAGUCAUGGAUGGCGGAGGCCGCUGCUCUGCGAGCCGCAGAUCAGGAAGCAAAGGAUACUUUCGCGGCGCAAGGCAAACUUCUCGCAGACGCUGUGCAGAGAGUAUUCCAGCUGGAGACGAAGAUAAAAGAGGACGCGCACAAAAUAGACCGACUGCAUGAUUAUGAGAAGCAGAUAGAGCAGCUGGUCAAGUUGCAACGUCUAUGGGAGUUAGACGUACAGAAACUGAACGAUCAGGCUGAGUAUCUGCAGGUGUUCACGAGCAAGUACCGGAAGAUGGAGCUGAGACUGGAAUCGUAUGAGCAGACCCAAAGCGAGAUGGAACAAGCGAUGCAAAACUACCGCUUUGCAAUCAGUUCUCUGGAAGCACAGCUGGCAAUUUCGCAAAGACAGCUGGAAGGUGCGCGCAAAGGAGCGGUUCUUGCGAGGCAUUGCAAUUCGGGUGAUGUGAAAAGAUUGGCAGAGGCAAACCAGAGACUGAGAGACGAAAAUUCAGAGCUGCGAGACGAGGUGGAGGAGGUCACGGCGAUGGUCGAGGUGCUGAAGGCGCGAGGACAAGGGCUGGUUUUUGACGGCCGGCAGUCACGAUCUGGGUCGGGGACGCAGGAGCAACUGCGACAAGGUGUGGAGAGCAGUGUACCAGCUGACGACUGA